AUGUCCAGAAGCCCAGCAUCGUGGUCCGAAGUACCAUCAACAUUCUGUCAACCAAAAUCAGCCAACUCCCACCGUCGACCACAAACAAUAAAACCAACAAAAAUGGCCCAACUCGGCCUCCCCCCAAACUCCCGCCCAACAUCCUCCUACUCAACCAACCUCAACCUCUACUCCCCCCCGUCCCCCAAAUCCCAACUCCCCAGCCGCCGCUCCUCCCUCUCCUCCUCGGCCACCGACGACUUAGAAAAUUCCUCCUCCCUUCCCUUCCCCGCCGCCCUCUCCCGUCGCGACUUUCUCGCUCCUGACUUCGACCCCGCAAGCUACCUCUCCACCCUUCACACCGGUGGCCCAGCCUCUCGGCAUCAAACCCUCGAGGACCUGCGCUCUGAACUCCGCGAUCGAAGCUCUGCUAUCAGCGCCGAACUGCUUGAACUGGUCAAUUCGAAUUACACGGCCUUUCUCGGGCUAGGGGAUGAGCUCAAGGGCGGGGAGGAGCGCGUCGAGGAUGUGAGAGUAGCACUUUUAGGUUUCCGAAGAGCGGUAGAGGAGGUUCAGUCUAAGGUUAGGGAGCGGAGGGUGGAAGUAGGGGGGCUGAAUCAGGAGUUGAGGGAUGUCAAGGGGGCGGUGGAGACGGGCAGGAAGAUGCUCGAGUUGGAUGAGAGGGUGAGCGGAUUGGAGAAGCGAUUGGUGGUAGGAGGGACGGGGCAGCAGCAGCAGCAGCAGAAAAGGGAUGGAGAUAGCAGUGAUGAGGAGAAUUGGGAUGAUGACGACGAGAUUUUUGGGAGCGAUGAUGAGCAGACUCAGGACGAAGACGGUGUGGAGUUUGUCAGUAGCAGGCCGGCGAAGCUAGCUGCUUUGGCGAGGGAGUGUGUGUAUGUGGAUGGACUGGCUGAGGCCAUUGGUAGAGAUCUUCCGUUUGUGAAGAAGACUGACGAGAGGAUAUUUCGGUGUCGGAACACGAUACUGCUCGACUUGAGCACAGCCGUAAGAGAAGCACGGAAAGCUGGAGUCAAAGGUCAGGGGCGUGUUAUCAAACUGUUGGCGAUUUACGGGGCUUUGGAUGCGCAGGCGGAGGCUGUAAAGGUCCUGAGAGAGAAAUGA